UCGCAUCCUACCUGGCAGGGAGGUGAACUGCCUUCCCACACUCUCCCUUCUCGUACUCACCCGGCGGCUGCUGAGGUGGGAGGGAAAGUCCUGGCUGGGAGAGCUGAGCGGAAAAAGCAAUCCUGAUGGGUUCUUGGAAAGCUUUCCUCUUCUCCCCUUUUCUUCUGUGGAGUCAAAGUAGAGUGGUGAGGCUGACGUUCUUGUUACUGACCCUGCAUUUGGGAAACUGUGUUGAUAAAGUGGAUGAUGAAGACGAUGAGGAUUUAACAGUGAACAAAACUUGGGUCUUGGCACCAAAGAUUCAUGAAGGAGAUAUAACACAAAUUCUCAACUCCUUACUUCAAGGUUAUGACAAUAAACUUCGCCCAGAUAUAGGAGUGAGACCUACUGUAAUUGAAACUGAUGUUUAUGUAAACAGCAUUGGACCAGUUGAUCCCAUAAAUAUGGAAUACACAAUAGAUAUAAUUUUUGCCCAAACCUGGUUUGAUAGUCGCUUAAAAUUCAAUAGUACCAUGAAAGUGCUUAUGCUUAACAGUAAUAUGGUAGGAAAAAUUUGGAUUCCUGACACUUUCUUCAGAAACUCGAGAAAAUCUGAUGCACAUUGGAUAACAACUCCUAAUCGUCUGCUUCGAAUUUGGAAUGAUGGACGAGUUCUAUAUACUCUAAGAUUGACAAUUAAUGCAGAAUGUUAUCUCCAGCUUCAUAACUUUCCUAUGGAUGAACAUUCUUGUCCACUGGAAUUUUCAAGCUAUGGGUACCCUAAAAAUGAAAUUGAGUAUAAGUGGAAAAAACCUUCUGUAGAAGUGGCUGAUCCUAAAUACUGGAGAUUAUAUCAGUUUGCAUUUGUAGGGUUACGGAACUCAACUGAAAUUUCUCACACCAUCUCUGGAGAUUAUAUUAUUAUGACAAUUUUUUUUGACCUGAGCAGACGAAUGGGAUAUUUCACUAUUCAGACCUACAUUCCAUGUAUUCUGACAGUUGUUCUUUCUUGGGUGUCUUUUUGGAUCAAUAAAGAUGCAGUGCCUGCAAGAACAUCACUUGGUAUCACCACAGUCCUGACUAUGACGACUCUGAGCACCAUCGCCAGGAAGUCAUUACCUAAGGUUUCUUACGUGACUGCGAUGGACCUCUUUGUUUCUGUUUGUUUCAUCUUUGUUUUUGCAGCCUUGAUGGAAUACGGCACCUUGCAUUAUUUUACCAGCAACAAAAAAGGAAAGACUCCUAGAGACAGAAAACAAAAAACCAAGAGCUCGGUGUCCCCUGGACUCCAUCCUGGGUCCACUCUGAUUCCAAUGAAUAGUAUUUCUCUGCCACAUGGAGAAGAGGAUUAUGGUUACCAGUGCUUGGAGGGCAAAGAUUGUGCCAGCUUCUUCUGCUGCUUUGAAGACUGCAGAACGGGAUCAUGGAGGGAAGGAAGGAUACACAUACGCAUUGCCAAAAUUGACUCCUAUUCUCGAAUAUUUUUCCCAACAGCUUUUGCCCUGUUCAAUCUGGUUUAUUGGGUUGGCUACCUUUACUUAUAAAUUCUGUUAACUAGGCAAAAAUCAUAAGAAGUUUAACUAAAUCCCAUAUAAUCUACUGCACUUCAGUAACAUGAAGUUUAAAUUUAAAAUGCAGAGAAACCGAUGGUUGAGACGUAAAACUAUUGUAACCAUUCUAUGGCUUUAAAGGUAAAUAAAGUGGCAGUUUCAUGUUAAUUUACUUAAAUGUAUGUAAAAUAGUUUAGCUGCAAAAUUCAGUAUAUAAAAGAUUAUUAUAUAUUUUUACUUUAAUCUUAUUUAUUUUACUUAUAUGCCAUUAGGAUUUUGAAUUUAUAAGUUCUGUGACUCAUAUUUUAAAGAUGGAAUACUUUAAUUACUUUAAUAAUAUUUUAUUUAAAUUUAAUCUAUAGCUUUUUGUAAGGGGAGCCUAAUCUCAUGCCUAAUGUUUAUGUAGUAAUUUUUUGCUUGGAAGAUAUUGUUAUUUUGAUUUUUUUCUUCCAUUUUAUCUGUAUGCCCUGUUUGGAACAGAACUGGUUAAAACCAUGAUUUCCUGGCAUUUCUAUCCAGACGUUUUACUCCCAAGAACAAAUUAAAUUAAAAGAAAAGGCCAAUUUUACCAUAAUACAAGAAUAAUUUUAUCUGUAUUUUAAUCAAGUUAAUUUCCUGACACACAUUAAAUAGAACUCUAGUUAAAUUUAGUUUUAGUGACUUACAGACUAGGAUGAAAACCACCAAAGUCAUUUCUUUUAAACACAAAGUGAACAAAAAGUUACACUUAACCAUUUUAUUCUCCACGUCACAGCAUUUAUGAAGUAUGAAGAAGUUAACACUGAAAUGUUUAGAAUUACCCAUACUGAAAUAAAAUACAAAAAGAAUUGAUUUUUUUCUUUAUGCUCUACAAAAGCAUUACAUUCUCUAAAUUAACAAAACAUUGAAGAACAGUGCUUGUAUAUACUCAUUGUGGAUAAAGAAUUAUUAUCUAACGAAGUGAGUAACAGUUCAUAUUGAGGAUAUGAGCUUAAAUAUGUAUCAUUAAUAAUUGCCAGACUUUUGAAAACAUUCCAGAAAUAUAGUUUUAGGUGUGUGUCAUAUAUUGCCUUUUCCAGCUCCUACAUUUGGAUUCUGUCAGCUUUACAUCUUUGUUAUAAAUUGUUAUGAUGUUCUCUUUUUUAAAAGAUGAAAGCAGGCUCAAAAAUCAUGUUAAAAGUAAAAUUCUAUUAUAGGCAUCUCUAAGGAACAUGAGUGUGGGAGCCCGCUAAAUUCUUAGAGAUAAAAAGCAAAGAAAGCCUUACUAUAGUGGAAAGCCUGUUGGUUAAUAGUUUCUCUAAUGCCUCUCUCAUGAAGAGGAGAGUUAAAGUUAGGGUUUAAUCAUUACAUUUCCUGUAAAUAGUUUGGCAUAUCAGUUGUUUAUAAGAAUUCCAGACUCAUUCAUCAUCACCUAAUUUUUUGGGAAAUCACCAAAGUGAUCCUGGUGAUAACCUUUAAAAAUUGUUUCCAUUGCCAAGAGCAAGUAUGAGGAUAAAGAGUGCCAUGAUCAAAGCCUAUCCUCUGGUCCGUGGAGGGAGCUCACACCUGUGCAUUUGACACUAGCUUGUAACACAGUAAUUCCCCCACAUGGUUAGUAAAUUCGUGAGUGAGGCUUUGACAUGAUUAUAUUUAUAUUUUUAGAAUAUAUAGGGGUUUUAAAUCCAAAUACAUUUCAUUGUGUGUUCCUCAGCUAAAUCAGACUUUUUUUUUUUUUACUUUGAUUAUAAACCUCUCAAUAAAAGUAAGCAUGAAUCAACUGAUAAUGCCCAAAUAUCCACCGACACUACUUUUUUUGAAUGGAGAGCCAAAUUAAACUUUGGCCAUGUAUAUAUUCACUUACAAAUUAUUCAUGCAUUCAUUUUUAAAACAUUGAAUGUUGAUGGAUAUUCUUAAUGUGAACAUUCAUAUGGGUAAAUGAAAAAUGAAGUAUCCAUAAAGAAUAAAACACUUCGCUAAAAUGUAUUAUGGCCAUUUCCGUGUAUUAAGCUAUGACCUGUUCAUUUUCAUGAAGGCAGUUUUAAUUCAGGGAUUCCUCAACUUUAUCUGAGCAUGACUGUAUUUUAAAAUAAUUUAAAAUGCUUAAUAUAAAUAGCUUUGAUUUUCUCAUUGGUGUUCCGUUAACUUGGCUUUAAAUGUUGGCACUAUUACAAGUGGAGAUAAAAUUGAUACAAAUAUAAAAGAUGCUUUACCAUAUA